AUGGCUAGCAACAAAGUACUAGUACAACAAUGGCUUUUCAUGUUGUUCAUCAUGUUAGUACAUGUUGUGGCAACGUACGGUGCUAUGGACAAUGCUACUCAGGCUAGCCUCCUCAAGUUCAGGUCCUCUUUGUCUAACGCCGCCGCGCUAAGCAACUGGAACGACUCCAUUAAUUUGUGCAAUGGUAACAAAAGUGACUGGGCUGGCGUGCUUUGCCGCAAUGAUGUCUUCUAUGGGUUGCGCCUAGAGAACAUGUCUCUUUCGGGCAUGAUUGACAUAGACGCAUUGGCUGAGAUACCAACUUUGCGUAGUUUAAGUUUCAUGAAUAACAGCUUCAAAGGUCCAAUGCCUACUGUGAAGAAACUUAGUUUAACAAGGGUAUUGUAUUUGUCUUUAAACGGCUUCUCAGGUGAUAUUCCAGAUGAUGCUUUUGAUGGAAUGAAUAGUUUGUGGAAAGUUUAUUUGGAAAGAAAUGAAUUUACGGGUAAAAUCCCCAAGUCCCUUGUUGCAUUGCCUUUGCUUUGGGAGUUGAGCCUUGUAGGUAACCAAUUUGAAGGAAACAUACCAGAUUUUCAACAAGGUCAAUGGAGAAAAUUCAAUCUAUCUUACAACAUCUUUGUGGGUCCGAUUCCGGAAAAACUAAGCAAUUUGGUGAACUCAAGCUCAUUUUUGGGCGAUAUAGGCCUAUGUGGAAAGCCUCUGGACCCAUGCAAGCCCCCAACCCCAAAGCCGAAGAGACACUACCUCCUAACCAUUGGGAUCUUAGUUAUUGUUACUGCCGCAUUAGCUCUCUUAGGUGCAAUUUUAUACGUACAUGGCCGCCGAGCCAAAACAUCCCAAUAUGAAAUGGCUCAUGAUCAAGAGGAAAAAGCCCACAGGAAUUUUGGUUAUGAUGUGAGCUUGAAGGAGUCCCAAUCAGCUGAGUUACCUGCUGGGUACAGAAAAGGUGAGCAUGAAAAGUUGUUCUUUGUGAGAAAUGAUAGGGAGAGGUUUGAUUUACAAGACCUACUUAGAGCCUCAGCUGAAGUAUUGGGGAGUGGGAGCUUUGGGUCAUCUUAUAAGGCUGUUCUUUUGAGUGGGCCUACUGUGGUUGUGAAGAGGUUUAAGCAAAUGAAUAAUAGUGGGAAAGAUGAGUUUCAUGAUCAUAUGAGAAAGCUCGGAAGGUUGUCACACCCUAACUUGCUUCCUCUUAUGGCCUUUUAUUAUACCAAAGAAGAAAAGCUUUUGAUCUCUGACUUCGUCGAAAAUGGCAGCCUCGCCAGUCAUCUCCAUGGUAGACGUGCUCCAGGGCAGUCAGGUCUAGAUUGGCCAACUCGCUUAAAGAUCAUCAAAGGAGUAGCUCGAGGCUUAGCUUGCAUUCACAAAGAGUUCCCUACCUUAUCACUACCACACGGUCACCUAAAAUCCUCCAAUGUUCUUCUAGAUCACAAUUUCAGGCCUAUCUUGUCAGACUUUGCUCUUGUCCCAGUCAUCAACAAAGACCAUGCUCAUCAAUACAUGGCAGCAUACAAGUCCCCAGAGUUCACACAAACUGACCGUACUUCCAAAAAGAUUGAUGUGUGGUGCUUGGGGAUACUCAUUCUUGAACUCUUAACUGGGAAAUUCCCUGCAAACUAUCUGAAACAUGGUAAGGGAGCUAAUGUGGAUUUGGCAACUUGGGUUAACUCAGUUGUGAGAGAAGAGUGGACAGGUGAGGUGUUUGAUAUGGACAUGAAAGGAACAAAAGACAGUGAGGAAGAAAUGCUGAAGCUUUUGAAGAUUGGAAUGUGCUGCUGUGAGUGGAAUGUGGAGAGGAGGUGGGAUUUGAAGGAGGCUGUGGAGAAGAUUGGAGAGUUGAGUGAGAGGGAUGUGAAUGAAGAAGGCUCUUAUUCUUCUAAUGGUAGUGAAGGAGAUAUGUAUUCUUCUAGGGCAUUGACUAAGGAAGACUUCUCUUUUCUUGGCUAA